GCUUUAUGUUGGAACGACGCCACCAAUUACAAUGUUUUAAUUAUGGUUCCAAAAAAGGAGAACCAUUGCGACGAUCUCAUUUGAUUGUGUAGACCAGUCAAGAACUGUGAGGGAUAAACAACCUCCCAAGAUGCUUGGUCUUGUCUUGUCUUUCCUCAGUCCAUGCCGAAUCACGAUCCCACCAGGAAUGAGCCAUCAAAAUCAAAUUCCUUAUCAAGUGCACUCAAGAGCGGAUCUUUGAGCUCUGUGCAAACCAUGUCCAUCUCAUCACCAGCUCAAAACAGGAGUGUCGACAACCAAGGAGUGAUUGUUCUCGAUUCUGAAUCAGAGGGCUUCUCGGACACCGAGACCAUUCGGCGACUAUCAGCAGGAUCUUCCAAACUGGACCUUACGGCAGCAUACAUCAACAGUGCCCGAGCCCUAUCCUCCUCCGCCACUCGACUAGGCUCAGUCAGUGUCUCGGACCUGACCAAACAAAGCCAGAAGGUAGAAUCAAAAGCUGGCACAUUGGACAAAACUGUACCCGUUAUCUCGGCCCCAGGAUCACAAAGCUCAGCAUCCACGCGAAAGCCAAAAGCCAAUACCACCAUCAAGAAGCAGUUGGUACCUCUCACAGAGACGCCAGAUGAUGACUUUGCGUCCGACGCUAUCAUCACAACUGUCCAUACCCCUGCAACUCCACGAUCAUCCAAGUUUAGCAGAUUUCAACAACUUGAGCUAGAUCAACAUGACGAGAGCCUUCAGUUAGCGCUCGCGAUUUCCAUGUCAGAUCAAUCUUAUGGAUUUGAGUCAGGACAGGGCUCAAGUGCAGGUUCCCCUUUUAAUCCCUCAAGAACGCCUAUCUGGUCUAUGCCACCAGCAAGGAAGCUUCAGAAAGGAAGCAAGCGCAAGAGACAGACGGAGCGCGAGAGGAACAAAUCAACAGUGCUACCAUACGCGGAAGUCCAGGAGUUAGUCCAGGCCAAUGUCCAUGCCCUGCUAUUUCCGGAGUCGGACGAUUCGAAUGAUGCAUAUUCAAGCACCGACCUCGAACCUGACCAGCUCGGCGGGCACGGAAGUCGCACGGACAGGAGACAACAUAUCGGAACUCCUCCUUGGAGACCAUCACGCUUCACUGGAUCUACGGAAGCAGACCUGCGCCUGUCUCAGUCGCCGGGACCCGACGCAAUGACUUCGCCACGAGAAUCGCUCUGGAAGUUGUCGCAUCUCGAGGACACGCAGGACAUCGAAAGUUUGGACUUACAUAUAACCGACCCUCACGAUGAGGGAACUCCGGGAUAUUUCAGGGGGCAAAGAGGCGAGGACAAUGAACCUCGACGGAGAUUUGACCGGGAAAAAUACGUGUCUCAAUUCAUGAAGCGGUAUCUGCAACGAGAUCGGGAAGGCCAUGAGAAGACGAGUGACUCAACGAAACAAGACCCGGAAGACAGUGUUACUCUGAGCGGAUCUGGAUCCAAGGACGAUCAGAGGCCUUUAGACAACAAGGUAACCUAGACGCCAACACAUUAUACAUCUCUAAUAAAACUUUCGAUCGGUCAUAUAU